CAACACAGGACACCGUUGUAGCCCCUUCUGAGCACACAGGUAUAAUUACGACACACAGACGUCCACACGGGUAGUAAUAAAGCAGGCAUGAGCGCUACACCGUCCAGAACCCAUAAAGGGCACAUACAUGGACAGACACCACAUAUGAAUAAAGCCGAUCAACAGCACCCACCGGUUCCUCUCUUCCCUCGUCAGACGUAUCCACACCAUGCACCACACCACCCACACGCACCCCACCCCACCCACAUCCCUCUCCCUCAAUCUACUCCGUGGGGGCCGCUGCCCGUCGUCUGCCGCCCUUGAGAGGCGUGACGACCAUCAAAACCCUCCCAAGCCGCACCAACGGCCUCACCGCCAUCAGCACAAGCACCACAAGCAUCAGCAGCGGCAGGAAUGACGCAGGCACGGACACGAACGAGGAUCGUGUGAGUGGGGGCUGGUCCUUGUCUAGAUGCGCUCGGCAGACGAGGGGGCACGGCCAUUGCUUUGCGAGGGAGGGAGGUGGCGGGCUGGUUGAGAGACAGGGGGGGUAGUGGGGGCACCACAACUCCUGAAUGGACCGACACACGCACACAAGCAGAUAAGCGCUUCCCUGGUGUGGCUGCUUGGAUGGUUGAUGUACCUACCUGCAUUUGUCUGAGUUUGGUCAUCCUGUGUGUGUCUGCCAUGGCGAUGUCGGUCUCGACCACCAGCCAGGGCUUCUUGUUGACCUCCCCGUUCCAGUGGAUCAACGCCGCCUCACGCAACACCGCCCAGUGAUCCUUCUGCACACACAUCACACACACCCACACCCACAAGACACUCACCCUUGUAGUUCGUCGGUGGCAAGGACGAGACGAGGCUUACUGUCCGCCGCAUCAGCAGGACGUCCAUGAGUGUGGGUGGCCACUCGAAGAAGGAGACGUUCCACGUGUCGUCGAUCGGCUCCACCCGCCUCUGUCUGAACAGCAGGUUGAGCGGCAGCUGCGACGACUCCACCGUGCUCAUGCCCCGGAAGGUCGCCGCAUUCGCCGAACGCAACAAACCGAUCAGACCCUCAGCCUCCUGACCACGACCCACACCACAUUCAUUAGGACACAUGACACACAUAACAUGCCCGUGUGUGUUGUGCACCUACCUGUCGAAGCUGGAGUUUGCGCCAGUAUUGUGUGUUGAGUAACGACACGCCCGCAUUGAACAUCUGCACGUCGUCGAACGUUGGCACGCUGGCGGCGAGGCGGGAAUAGCUGAAAUAAGAGAGAUAACCGAGAAGCGACACAAGUGCGUGUGCGUGUGUGUAUGUGUGUGUGUGUGUGUGACGUAUCUUCGGCUCACAGCUGUGGAGGCAGCAGUUUGCUGAGAGAGAAGGCGGGGCCCCGCGGCACAGCAGCAAUGCCCGUGUCACCAUCGUCCACCAACGACGAAUGGUACAGCUCACCGACAUCCCUCUACAAUGAAUGCAGUCAAUUCCACAACCAAAUCCCAUCAUAUCAUGGAUCGGGUCGAGCGAAACACAACACAACCCUCCCGUCCACCGACCUGCACGAGUGUGUCGGCAUCCGUCCACAGGACCUUGUCGGCCUCAGGCAGCAGGUCGCCCAGGUAAAACCGCAGGAAGUUGAACACCACCUGGGGAGGCCGCCCUCUUGCAAGCGGCACUUCGUCGGGCGAUAUCCCCACCGCCAAAACGUCUAGACCAUCUGCCCGCGACGUGCCGUUGGCUGCGGCUGACGUGGCAGCAUGAUUGAGCGCGGGCUGAAUGCGGUCGACCAGGUCUGGCUCGGUGUGCACCCGCACAGAGAGGCAGCCCACAUCCUGAACAAGACAGACCAAUCAGCACUUUUGUGCAUAUGUCUGUCUGUGUGCGCCUUGUUGGUAGCACGUGGCGCGUGGCUGGCUGACCCUGCUGCUGCUGAACAGCGAAUGCACCAGUGCAACAGCCCCCUCCACCUGAAGACUGACACACACACACACACGAAGGGGCAGAUCUUUUACACAGAGAACUGCUUGCUUCCGUCGUGCCAAGUAAGGGUACCUACCUGUCAGCGCCCGUGGCAACCCACACCCGCCUGUCUGCCGGGCACCCACUGAUUGACCCAGCCAUCGUCUGCGAUGACGCCUUUGUCCGCCGAAGCCGUUUACCGGCGCGCCAUCCCUGCCUUCGGUGUCUGCGCAGCCCGGCACCUCAUUCGGUGUCUGUGAUCAUCCCAGAUCUGCCAGGCUGCGUCUGCGUCAACACCAACGCAAUCGUUUCGCAUCGCGCAGAAGUACAGAUGAAGGCCCAAACAAUGGGAAGACCUCUGUGACCAUGGUCUCAUCAAAGAUCAGCACACGGCUUCGGUCGGUCGGUUAAGGGUUUGACGAGACACCUGUCCCUAAGCCCGGCGCUACCUUCCGGCGCAACCAGGCAUCUUCUCUGUCCACAGCACACACCAAACAGGCAACAGGCACAUGCAGAAUGCAUGCACAAGG